UGGGAAGCCCAUGUUAACCCUUCAACUGCCACAAUGCUUUGAUACCUCAUAUUGUGCCACAGGGACUCACUGUACAAAAGUUACUGCACAGGCAAUUGGAGAGGGCUCCUUGGAAGGGCUCAUGUGUGUGACUGCUCCUGGGUUUUUUAUCUUUGCAUGCUUUUUCCUUUCACAAAGCACUGCUGGAGGAAAGCUAGUCUUGUAAUUCUAGCACUAGUCUGGAAGCUAAAAAAAAAAAAAAAAAAAAAAUGCUGAACGGUGUUCCUGGCUUGGGCUACAGUCUUCUUGUACAAGCCUGGUCAAGUCACUAUUUCAGCUUCACUGUACGUUAAACAGGGAUAGGAUUUUCCUACCUUAGAGAUGCAUUGUGCAUGUAAAUCCAGGAAUGCAUGGCAGAUGCUGAUGCUCUGAAAAGCAAAUUGCUGUGGGAAGAGCAUGUCAGCAAAGUGGGGCAGGGGCUGCUUUGUUCAAUUUGAGACCUUCUCUCGUGGUUUGGGUAAAGGGUUCCAGGCAAAAGUUAGCUAAAAAGAGAAGGAAACAGCAUGUUGAAAGUAGAGGAAAGAGGUCAUACUCCUGCAUGGCAGCCAUUUCUCUGCCAUGUGAAGGAUCCAUGGCCUUAAAAAUGGACAGAAAGGGCAACCAGAGAGUGGAUUACGCUAGAAGCUGAUAAGGAGAAAUGUGGAGCCUUUCUCUUACCCAUCACUGCUUCAAGUGUGGCCCAUGUCACAACUGAACAGGGAGAGCUUCAAUGUCCCAUGUAAAAAGACUCUACUAUUUACAUAACCACCAUGAGAUGGUACCAACUAACAUAUUUGCUAGCAGUGUCUGUUGGCAGCAAGGUUGAAUGAUUGAACAGGUCCUUGAAACUGUGCCAGCUGCACACUGCUGAGGCAUAUGAGUGAAACAGUGUCAGGAAAAUUGCUUGCUUACGCACUACCAUGUAGUGCGUAUGUAAAUCCAGAUUUUAGAAACCAGGUCUAUCAGUCUGGCUCACACUUUGUGAACACUAAUCCCCAACUGUACAGAUUUGGGGACUUAAAUUUAGACAGCAAAGUUUGUAUUAAUGUAGCAGAAUAAGUGGUCUGGUUUUUUGCAAGAUGCAGUAUUCCUGGGCAUAGCAACACUCUUAAAUAUCAGGUUUAGGUGCCUCAGUAUGGAUUUAGCUGCCCAAGUUUAAGUCUCCAAACUCAAAUGCUUUCCCCAAAUGGUAUAUUAACAGUGAAUGAAUGAACGAACGAAUGAAUGAAUACCAAAGUAAUCUGAUCUGAUGAGAGCGGUGAUGUUCUGGAAACACUUGUCUUUUUAUUCUUUACAUCCUUCACUGAGAUGUUAUUUCCUACAGUUCAGGAUCUGAUAAAUUCAAAAAUACUGGUGAGAGAAAUCACACUGAUGAGCCAAAUAAUAUCAAUCUCUUUCCUGACAAGCUGUUUCUACCUGUUUUCUUUGUUUGCUUUUUAAGAUUUUUUACAAAUUAAAGGGUUCUGUUUCGGUGAAGUAAAAUUUGAACUGGGAAGCUAGAUAGCUGGAAUGUUUACCUAGUUUCAUAUGUAACAAGCAUUUGAAUCAUAUUUUCCCUCUCCCAAUACAACAAACCCAUUUUAAUGGACCUACGAUGAUUACCAAAAGUUAAAAUUCUCACAUAUUUAAAAUAUUUCAGAACCAAUAUUCUGACUCUUUGCCUUCUACCGAUAUACUGGUAUACUGAUAUACCUCCCUUGAACUGAAAGACUGCUUAUUUAAUUAGAGAUGGUUCUGAACUUGUCAAAUACUUGUUUCCCCAUCUAUCCACCUCCUUAAAAUUUGCCAUAAACUCUUUCAGAGGUUGAUGGUCUAACCUCUUGUGGUCACCAAAAACAGCCUGCCACAGAGCUGCCUUAGCAUUGUUUUGCGCAGUGCAGUUAAAUAUGAUAAUGAAUACAGAACUCUUCAAAAACAAAUGCAGCAUUGAAAGAAGAAUAAAGUUAGCCUCCUGCACUGGGUUAAUUUAGCUGAUUUAAGAGCUUAAAAAAAUAAAACCCAAAUGAUUGUAAUUUAUAAGUACAGUGUAGUAGCUAAAUUAUAUCUUUUAUUCUUGUGGGAAAAACUAGCCUUGUUUUGGGUAUUUCCCCAGAAGGGGUCAAGUAGGCUCUUUCUGCAGCUGUUUUUAAUUUGUUAGCAUAUUUUAUAUUUCAAGGGGUACAUUUAACAUUAAAUUAAUACAACACAAUAAACUUCAGAGCAGUUCAUGCCAGAAUCAACUGGUCCCAGGCACAGCAUAUACACACGUGCCUGGGACAGCUGCAAUUUGAGCCGGGGUGGAGCAGGCCCCUGGCUGGCUGGGCUGACUGGAUGCAGUAAAGUACUCCACUCUCAGAUAGUAUAGUCCCCAUCAGUACUAUCCUACAGCUGAGUUAAUUAGUUUACCGUGCCCUUGUACCGGUGCAUAUGUGGAUUGUGACACUUUACUGCAAAGCUAAUUAGUCAACUCUGCAGUAAAGCGCAGGUGCAGAUGCACCCAAGAUGAACAAAUAAGCAAUCAAGUGUUUUACCCAAAUUUAAUAAUUCUUGAUCAAGAAAAUCACCUGCAACUUCUUUCUGCCCACACAGGAAGGAUGGUUUUAUGUGUAAGACGGACACAAACUAAGGAUUCAGGGACCCUGGCUUUUCUUUCCGAACCCGGUGGCAUAUGCCUAUGUGACUUCAGUCAAAUAUCUUAACUUCUUAGUACCUCAGUUAACUUGCCAAUAAUGUAGCAGUAAAAACUCCUAACCUUACAGCAGCACUAUUAAGCCAACCCACUAAGGUCUGGGACAGACACUGCAUAACCCAUAGUCUGAUACUACACUCAACCAGGUUUAUCUCAAACCGGUUUCAGCCAUUUUCAAACUGGUUUAUGUGCAUUGAACAUCUGCUCCAGUACAGGUUUAAACCGGUUUCUGAUCAUCACUUAAACCAGUUUAUGUAUAAUGUCUGUCCCUAGCCUAAAAGAACUGUGAGACUACAGUAUGGAAAGAAGUGUAGAAGCACAAAGUACUUUUAUUUUAUUAAUUAGAAAAAUAUAAUAAAAAUACAAGUUAUCUUGAUGACAGUGAAGUAGGACGGCUGCCGUGGUUUUGUGGGGAAAGCUGCUAGCCAUCAAGAGUCUGUUUAUCUAUGUAUUUCUGUUAGUUGUUGCGUCUCUAAGGCUCCUCAGAUUUGUUUUCCUCUUGGAACCCAUCCAUUAUGGCAACACAGCAGGACCAGUGCCAGCAUUGUCCUUCUCUGCUGGCCUCUGUCUACUCUCACACAUGGUCACAGAGCAGACAGCAGGAGUUAAUACUGCUUCAGGAUUUUCCACUUUCACUUCAGCAACUUUCCAAGGGACAGGUACGAGCUGGUCCAUCUUCUUAUUCCUCUUGUCCCACUGAUGUGGAGGGGAAAUGUGAUUGUGUGUGUGUGUGUGGUAGGAAGUAAGCUACUUCAUCUACCCAUGCCAUGGAAAAUCGUUCUCCACUGAACUGUUUCCUCCUUCAUCAUUAAGUAGAGGGAACACAAAGAUCAUUUUUGUUUACAGGGGUUGGACAAAACAUACACCUAUCUAGGUAUUAUUGGAAAAUGUGACUUCCGGCUUUGUAGACCACUCCACCUUUUAGUAAUGGAAACUAAUUCUAUGCUGCCUUUGGAAUGAGCUUGUAAUUCAUCUUUUGACUCUUUUGUAAAAUACUCUGACAUUCUAUAUGUAACAGUAAAAUUCUCAGUGCCAGUACCAAAAAUAACCCCACCGAUAUUCUUGGCUGUAUCGUAGCAAAGGUUUACAAUUCAUGGAUGCCAUAUGUAGUUCUCUGUAACCACUGGCACAACAAUUUAACCAAUGGGAUUGCAGAAUGCAAAUAAAGUAACAUCAUCAGUAUGGUUAUUCUCUGAUGUCACAAUCACUCUAUGCCACCAAUGACAACUAUCUUGAAAUUAAACCACUGGCUUUUUGUGUCUUUCUGACAAAGAUACCUUUAUAAAAGCCCAAUCAUGGAGAAGCAUAGAGGGAUGCUUUGUUUAUCACUUUAAUGUGAACUUACUUAAUUUUUAAAAACUUGCAGUGUUUCUUCAUAUACAGCUGAGAGGAAUCACUUUCACUGCAUCUUCUGUGAUUAUUAAGAAGAAGAUCUUCAUUUUAUUGUUGAGACAAGAUGGUGAAUUAUUAUGAGGUUCUAGGAGUGAAAAAAAAUGCCUCUGCUGAUGAUAUUAAAAAGGCCUACCGAAAGCUGGCUUUGAAAUUGCAUCCAGAUAAAAAUCCAGAGAAUAAAGAGGGAGCAGAAAGGGAAUUUGUUGAAGUCUUUAAGGCUUAUGAGGUUUUAUCUGAUGCUAAAAAACGGAAUGUCUAUGACAAAUCUACUGAAGGAGUUUUAAUUAGACAACAAAGAAAAGGUGGAGGUAAAGGUGAAAGAAAAGAAAAAGAUAGGAAGAGAGAGAAAUUCAAAGAAGGGAAACACUUUGAUUCUGAAUUCACAUUGGGUAGCCUGUACCCAAAUGUUUUUGAAGGAACAGAUGCCUUUUCAGGGAAACUCUUGGAUGAUGCAUUUGAAGCCUUUUCUGACAUUCCUGGAAGACUCCAUGGACGAAGACGCAGAGGCAAUGAAGGAUAUUCUGUCUCUAUUUCUGGAGUGUCUCCUAUUUCAGGGACUGGAUUUACCUCAUUUGGUUCUCAGCAAGCUCGGGGCUGCUCUUCAUCCACCAUCACAUCACUCAACAACAGUGGGAAAGGCAACUUCAAAUCAAUCAUAACGACCAGCAAAAUAGUUAAUGGUGUCAAAGUCACCACCAAAAGAAUUGUGGUGAAUGGAAGAGAGAGAAUAGAAACCAUUAUUGACCAUUAACAUUCUCAACAGCAGGUGGAAAUAGAUGGGAAAUCGUUACUACUGAUGACAAGAAAUGAUGUAUUGACUGGACUUUCAUUAAAACUGGGGCCAGCUUUG